AGGCUAAACUAACCUUGCAGGGGAUUGAAGCUAUCACCUCCUCUGUAUAAGGGAUCAUUUUGCCACUAGGGCAACGCGUCAAGUGCAUACAAUGCCUAAGUCUAACUCAAACCCAAAGUGCAAACGACACGUAAAAGGAGAACAGACGGAGGAAUGCUAUCUUCUCUUAAUCAAGAGUAAUCAAUUGCCUUGUGUUGUGAUGAACUUCUUCGUCUUCGUUUCACAAAGAUUUGAUUCACUCUGAAAUCCUGGUAUGGAAUCAAGGGGUUUGUUUGUGUUGUUGGGGUCGGAUUUAUAAUACUAACACUUCAAUCGAAUCUGCAUCCGCCUAAAGUGAUUAGUAUUAAAUAUAGAGUUUAAUACGGGUCCACAAUAGUUAAUGUGGCGACGGAGGAGAGGCCAUCAAACUAGAAGUGACGUGUGGAAUUGCUGAGAAUUACAAACUUCGGGGGUUUUCGUAUUGUCUUUGACACAGCAGAGAUCAGAAAACGUCAAGGAGAGUUACGAAUCAUCAGCUUUAGCAGCAAUACUGACAGGUGAAGGUUAUAUAGGGCAAGUGAUGGAAGAGCAGCAGCUUGAUUUAGUCUUGGUGCCUCUGGGUCUGGUGGUGCUGGGGACGUAUCACGUUUGGCUUCUUUGCACCAUACUUCGGCAUCCAUAUCGGACUGUCAUUGGUCUUAACGCUUUGUCUCGUCACCAGUGGGUUCUUUCCAUGAUGACUGAUCCCUUUAAAAAUGGGGUUUUGGCGGUUCAAACAAUUCGCAACAAUAUCAUGGCAUCUACUCUUCUUGCUACAGCAGCAAUCACACUUAGUUCACUAAUUGGUAUUUUUGCAAGCAAUGAUUCAACAUCCAAAUUGCUUUAUGGCAACAAGGGAUCUCUUUGUGCUGCAAUCAAGCGCCUUUCUAUCUCAGUAUGCUUUCUUAUCGCAUUCCUAUGCAAUGUACAAUCUAUUAGAUACUAUGCACAUGUCAGCUUCUUAAUCACAGCACCUGCACUCAAAGGUAAAAAAGAUUUUAUUGAGUAUGUUGCAAAAACAUUGAAUCGGGGCAGUUUUGCUUGGUCCCUCGGUUUGAGGGCAUUUUACUUAUCGUUUGCUCUUGUUCUCUGGAUUUAUGGACCCAUACCUAUGUUUGCUUGCUGCUGCUUGACUUCUUUUGUAUUGUACUUCUUGGAUACGACAACUCAAAUCACACGAGAUCUUCACAGCAAGUCCUUCAGGGAGAGGGAAGAUGGAGAUGCUGAAUUAGCAUAAGUCUGUUAUUGCAUCUGUAGUUGCACCAGGUCAAAAUAUGAGAAUCACUUUAACUGGAAGAGCAUCAAAAUAGGAAUUUUUCCCAUUCGUAUUUUUUCCCCCUCUCCAUAAGCUUCUUCAGUACUGAUGUUCAUAUAGUCAUAUGUUAUGAUGAUUAUACUUGUUGAUUCUUUCAUUUAAAGAUGCUGUUUACAUGUAUUUAUAUAGAUGUCGAAGAGUGGAGAAAAAACUAGAACAGAAUUGUAACGUGUAUUGUGUGGAGAAGCAGAAAUAUUUGGAGUUGAUGGGGGCAGUUCAACGUAUAUUUGUUGGUUCCCUAGCUAGCAAUUUGCCUUUUGUAUGUUAGUUGUUGGUUUCUGACGUGCCUUUAGUUUUCAUUGGAUGAAUUUCUCAGCCGCCCGGAACUUUUCUGCCCUGUGAUUCCGUGAAGAAGGCCCUUGCGAUUGUGCCUCAUCACGCACUAACCUAAUGAUACAUAUUUGUACUGCCAUGGGAUAAGUUUUAUAUGAUAUGCAUCGAAAACUUUAAAGCGUAUUUAAAUUCAGGUUGAGAAUCUAUAAGAAAUAUCAAGACAUAAUAUUUCAUGCUUA